AUGAUAGCCUCCAAGGCAUCGCAGCGCUACAGAAGCGUCCGUCGCAACGCCAGCCAGUGCCAUCUCUACCCAGAGUCCCUGCUGCUCAGCAGCUUGGAGGACAGCUUUAAUGCGGAUGAAACAGGGGACAGCAGUGAUCCGGAACAAAUCUUCCAGAAUAUACAGUCCCAGAAGGAACUCGUGGCCAACAUUCGCUGCAGACCCUGGAGCAUGGGUCAGAAGUUGAGGGCACUGAGGCGAGCCAAGGAGAUCGUGCUGAAGUUUGAAGGGAGGCUGACCAGGACCCGAGGCUACCAAGCAGCAGGUGCAGAGCUCUGGAAGAAAUGUGUUCGCCUUGCCUGUAACUUCAUGGUCAUCUUCAUUCCCUGGGAAAUGAGGAUAAAGAAAAUCGAGAGCCACUUCGGCUCAGGCGUCGCCUCCUAUUUCAUAUUCCUGAGAUGGUUAUUUGGGAUCAACAUCGUGCUCACCAUCAUGACGGGGGCUUUCAUCGUCCUUCCCGAGCUGAUUGCAGGCCAGCCCUUUGGCAGCACAGCCAGCAAGACUAUCCCCAGCGAGCUCCUGGCGUCCGCCCAAGACCUGGACACGGUCUGGUCCCUGGGGGGCUACCUGCAGUACUCGGUCCUAUUCUACGGCUACUACAGCAGGGAGAGGAGGAUCGGCAGAGCCGGCUACCGACUGCCCUUGGCGUACUUCCUGGUGGGGAUGGCCGUGUUUGCCUACAGCUUCAUCAUCCUUUUAAAAAAGAUGGCCAAGAACUCCCGCACCAGCCUUGCCAGCGCUUCCCAUGACAACUACGCCUUCUGCUGGCGGGUGUUUUGCGCCUGGGAUUAUCUGAUUGGGAACCCUGAGGCUGCAGAGAGCAAGACCGCAGCCAUUGUGAACAGCAUCAGGGAGGCGAUUCUGGAAGAACAGGAAAAGAAAAAGAGCAAAAACCUGGCAGUGACCAUCUGUCUGCGGAUUGUGGCCAACAUCCUGGUGCUCCUCUCGCUGGCUGGGAGCAUCUAUCUCAUCUACUUCGUGGUGGAUCGGUCCCAGAAGCUCGAGCAGUCCAAGAAGGAGCUGACUCUCUGGGAAAAAAAUGAGGUGAGCGUGGUGGUCUCCCUGGUCACCAUGUUAGCACCGUCAGCCUUCGACCUCAUCGCCGCCUUGGAGAUGUACCAUCCACGGACCACGCUGCGUUUCCAGCUGGCCAGGGUCCUUGUGCUGUAUCUGGGCAAUCUCUACAGUCUCAUCAUUGCUCUCCUGGACAAAGUGAACAGCAUGAGCAUUGAGGAAACUGCUACCAAAAACAACGCAAGUUACUGGAUGGAUCCUCCUGCCUUGUUGGCCACCAGGACAGGUCCUGGAGAAGGGAGUUGGUCCACAGCUCAGCCUGGCGCAGGGCCCAAGAGAAACAGCACCUGGUCCUUGGAAGAGACCAGCAUUCCCACCUCUACCACGCCUCUCACCAAGGCCAACAAGACCAUGCUCUACCCCCAGCGUCUGCAAGGCCAGUGCUGGGAAACAUACGUGGGCCAGGAGAUGCUGAAGCUGUCCAUCAUUGACAUGCUGUUCACCGUGGCCAGCAUCCUGCUCAUCGACUUCUUCCGAGGCCUUUUUGUUCGGUAUUUGAGUGACUACUGGUGCUGGGACCUGGAGAGCAAGUUUCCUGAGUAUGGGGAAUUCAAGAUAGCAGAGAAUGUGCUGCAUUUAGUCUACAACCAAGGGAUGAUUUGGAUGGGUGCCUUCUUCUCGCCCUGCCUCCCAGCGUUCAACGUUCUCAAGCUCAUCGGGCUCAUGUACCUGCGGAGCUGGGCUGUGCUGACCUGCAACGUGCCCCACCAGCAAGUAUUUCGGGCAUCCAGGUCCAACAACUUCUACUUGGCCACGCUGCUGUUCAUGCUGUUCCUGUGCAUGCUGCCCACGGUUUUCGCUAUCGUCCGGUACAAGCCGUCUCCCAACUGCGGGCCGUUCAGUGGACAGGAGAAAAUGUACGACAUCGUGUCGGAAACGAUCGAGAACGACUUCCCUGCCUGGUUUGGCUCCGUGGUCGGCUACAUCAGCAGCCCUGUGGUCAUCCUGCCCGCCGUGCUGCUUCUCUUCAUGCUCAUCUACUACCUUCAGAGCAUCGCGCGCUCGCUCAGGCUCAGCAACCAGCAGCUCAGAGUGCAGAUCCAAAACGCACGAUCUGAAGAUAAGAAAAAGGUUGCCCAAAUGGUAGAAGCCCGGAUCCAGACCCAGGAGGAAAGCACCAAGCGGCUUCCCAAGGAUAGUGACCUCAUCAGCCCCCUGUCCUCGGCACACCCUGUGACACCCCAGAACAACGGCACCGUGCUCAAUUUCGACUCCUUGAGCAGCAAGAGUAGCAGGAUAGAGACAGUCACCCAGGCUGCGCCCCAGAGCCCCAGGCCACGGCAGAGGGGCCCCUGCUCGCCUCCUCCUGGAGUCCCCAAGUCCAGGCCAAAGCCGAAUGCUAACAGGCAUGCCCACGGCCCAAGUGCAAGCACAGGUGAUCUCCAUAAGACCAGAUCCCGCACACCCGUGACACUGACAAAGCACAUUGAAGAUGUCCGCUCAGCACCUCUCUUCCGAAAACACUUUCAGCCCAUCAGCCCUCCUCUCCGGGGUCCAGGAGUCCGGGCAUUGGGACCCAGUGGCCGCCGGCCCCAGGCGCCCAGAUACUACAUCAUCAAUGAGCCAGAUGCUCACAAGAAGAUGUAUCCUGCUUUCUGGCCAGAAAGACAUUUCCAGAUCGACGCCUCAGGUGACGUAGUGGAGCUGCACCCCAGAAACACGCAACACUACGUGACUCGGACCCCCCGCCAGCAAUGCUCCCCAUCACUGAGUGAAGAAGAGGAGGAGACCUGGAGGAGAGAUCUGAUCAAAGAGUCUUUCCCACCACGCUCCCUGACGGACCUCCGCCGGGCUCCCCACUUUUAUAUUGGAGAAAGCUCAGAAAGCCAGCCCCUGGCCCCCAGGCUCUAUGAACGGAUGCAUCACAAGUCCUGGCAUGAUGGCUUUGAAGUUCAACCAGACAGGCCCCUGUAUGUGUACAAAAAGCCACGCUCCCAGAACUUCCAGUACCCUCCAAAGUCCAUGGUCAAGCCCAAGUUCGAGCCGUCCUUCACGGAAUCUGAUUCCAUGUCGGUGGCGUCCAGCAGUGACCAGCAGAACAGCAGCACCGACCUGUACCUGCAAAUCCUCCACAGCCAGGCCAAGGUCCCCAGGUCUCCAGGCCACCUGGGCAGGCAGAAGGCCAAGUCCAGGCGGGAGCUGACCACCGAUCUGAUUUGUUCAAAUGUCUAG